UCUCUCAGAAUAGACAAAUGUUUAUAUUUGUUUAAAUAUUUUUGACAUUGUUUCUUUAUGACAACUCUAAAUCUUGUAUUCAGUACAUUGUUUAAUCUUUUAUUAUAAUGGGUUGGUUUUGUUUUGUCUUAGUGGGCAUAAAAAAACAGAAAGUCUUUUAGAAGUAAAAAAAAAGAAGGCUUUCAUGUAUAACCUUACAAUUUCCCCUCUGGUCUCUGUUGUUUAAUUUUUUUUUCUUUCUACUUUAUUAUUCUUUAAAUUGUAUUAUGCAGAUUGUAACAACAUCUCAAUUUUUUUUCUAAUGUUCCAAGUUUCUGCAAUCCAUUGUUAACUGUAUUGUAACCAUAAAAAAAAAAAUAUAUAUAUAUAUAUAUUAAUGCUGUGAGCGGGACUUUUAUUUUGGCGCGUGACGUCAGAAGGCUGCGCCGGGCUCCUGUGUGUUGUGGUUUGGCAGAGGGUGAGUUUUACACUUAUUUACUCUGUUUAAAUCGACGCAAAUACACCAUGUGUUCGUAAGACAUGCGAAGUUGACUGUAACACUUACACCGCUCUGUCUAAUAUUCCUGGACGUUGUUUUUGAGAGUAAAUAUCUGCACAAGAGUAGCCGAACAGAGAUAAAGUGUCUAAUUUCUUCCCUAAAUGACUUUGUAGUGAACACUGUAGUCAGUCACUGUUGAGAAGAGAUGAGGGAAACCGAGCUGUAAAGAUGGCCUGCAUUAAGCAGGAGAAUGAAGGGAUCCAGAUUGUGGACGUGUUCACACUCAGAGAGCAGCACACCGACUUGACGGGGCUGAAAGAAGAGAAUGAAGAGGAAGAUCUGAAUGAGACGCAUCAAGACUUUAUUACUGAGGACAAAUACUUCACAAAAACUUCACAACAGAGAGCUUACAAGACUGAAACUAGGAGCCUGUUCAUCUGCCAGCAAUGCGGAAAGACUUUCAGUACAGAGAGAACAUUUAAAGUCCACAUCAAGAUCCACAGAGAGAAGCCUUUUACCUGCGGUCACUGUGGGAAGAGUGUUGGUGCUAAAGGAAUGCUGGAGAUCCACAUGAGGACACACACCAGAGAGAAGCUGUACUCCUGCCAGCAGUGCUCCAAGAGCUUCAGUACACAGAGGAAUCUCAGUGAACACGUGCGUAAGCAUUCUGGAGAGAAGCCCUUCACAUGUGAUGAGUGUGGGAAGAGUUUCAGCCAACUGCGAAAGCUUCAAGUCCACACCAGAACUCAUGUCGAAGAGAAGCACGACUGCCCCGAGUGCGGGAAGAGUUUCGGGAAGAGAGGAAACCUGAAGACCCACAUGAAAAUUCACUCAGAGAAGAAGCUGUUCGCCUGCCAGCAGUGUGAGAAGAGUUUUCGUAAGAAAUUAAAGCUGGAGAUCCACAUGAGAACACACACGGGAGAGAAGCCGUACUCCUGCCAGCAGUGCGACAAGAGCUUCUCACGCAAAGACAGUCUGAAGAGCCACAUGCUGAUUCACUCGCAGGAGAAGCGCUUCAUCUGUGAGCACUGUGGGAUGGCUUUCUCCCGCUCGGCUCGGCUAAAGCUCCACAUGGACACACACGUAGCUGAAAAUUCCACCAGCUGCCCACAGUGCGGGAAGAGUUUCUCCCAUCCCAACGGUCUGAAGCUCCACAUGAGCGCUCACAGCGGAGAAGCCCUUCAGGUGUGAUCAAUGCGGGAAGAGUUUCCUUCAUUCAGCAAAUCUCAAAACCCACAUGAGCGUUCACACCGGAGAGAAGCCGUUCACCUGCGCUCAG